AUGUCUUCCCAGUCCUCUAAGAACAACACCCCCAGCACCCCGGCUACGAGCAGCAAGGCGGCCCAGAAAGCCCCUGCUCGGCCCAAGGACGAUAGCGACAGCGAGGACGAGGAAGACCAGCUCCGCAGGCAGGUUGCUAGGACCAACCAGGAGCUCCACGAACAGACGCUCCGCGCAACCCAACUCCAAGAGGAACUCCAGGCUCUCCGAGCCAGUGCUAACGUUAACGUUGCGUACCCCCUGUUCGGCACCCCCCCUGUUCGGCACCCUGAAAAUCUAACAACGAAAUGCCUACUUUUAUAA